AUGCAGAUUAUGUGGGGAAGAUGGGCGCUCUUGACGGUAGCUAUGGUAACGGGAGGUUGGGGAAUCAUGCGAUUAGCAACACCGACAGAAGAGCAAUUCUAUGCCAAGUUAUCCCCAGAGCUCAAGAGACAAAUGGAUGAGGUGAGACGGAGACGAGAGGGUAAUGCGGAAAUGGUGUCAAAGCUCGAGGCAGCGGCCAAAAAGGGUGAGAUCAUCUGGGCGGAUUCUAUGGACCCAAAGUCUGGUCGCAAGGUGUAA